ACUGUGUGUGUGUGUACAACUUGUUUUUGUGACUGAGAUUAUUACAUUUGUUGUACACAUACUUAAUUUGUGGAUUUAACAGGUCUUUUGAAUCAGCUUCCAAAACAGUCACGUGGCUGUAUGCUGAAGCGACGACUCUGACGUCAUUCAUCACGUGUUCUGGCAGAACGAAUCAAAGUCGGAAAUAGUGUUUGUGCAGUUUUUUUUUUUUUUUACAAUACCUUCUGAAGCUUGACUAUCAACUCAGAAAAAAGACUUUUAUUAUAAAAUGCCUAAGAAGAAAGAGGAGUGUAAACAGAACGUAAAAGCCAAAGAAGUGAUCAGGACGCUUUGUGAGUUCCUUUCAGUACUGAACGUUGAGUCAGUACCGACUCCUGAAGUGUUCAGAAGAGCCAAAUUCAACAAGACACAUGCGGCCCAAGAGUUGUGGUGUUUGCUCAUCAGUGUCCUUAAGAAGGUCUUCGAACCAGACUGCGCAUGCGCAGAAUUAACCGAAGACUCUACUACUGAUACCCAGUUACUCUUUGUAAAAAGUGCCCUCUGGCAUAGUGGUUACGGGGGCUGGUGGGUUGUCCAACCACAUCCCUGUGAAAGCAGAGAGAGGAUCGGAAGCAGGGAUCUGCUGCUAGCCUUCAGCUGGCUUAUUGCAUCAGGAAACCUGUUUGAGGCUCUAAUGCGAGAGAGACUCCUGCAGUUAGAUGUCCUCUCCUCUGCAGCAGGGAAUCAGGGUCCACCUGAAAAACUGGAACUGGACUUAAAUGGAUGUGGAGAAAAAGAUGUCAGGAGGUUGCAGUGGCAGUAUGGGAAACUGAAGCUGCAGUGGCGGAGUCUUUUUAUAGCUCAGCAAGAGCAGACCAAGCUUACUGACAAGGUCUGCUAUCACACAAGCUUAACACCCAUCUGUUACCCCAGCACUGCCUAUGUUCCUAAUAUAACUGGAUCAACUGCACUUGAAAAGGACCUAGAGCGCAUACAGACCCUGAAUGGAAUACUUGAAGCAUAUUUAGAAUGGAAGACUGUGGAGCCACUGUUCUGGUGCUGGAUGGACAGUGUGAUUGAUGGCUACCUCUCAGAUGGGCAUCAAGAAGGACCUGUAGGUGCUCAACUAACAGACCAGGUUGUCACUCAGAGCUGUUCCUAUGGUGACAAGGCGAACGGAUCUGUGAGACGUCUAGACAAGAUGUUGCUGAGGCUACAGACUAAGCACCAGGAUAGACUACACAGAUGCACAGACACGACACGACUUAGCCACAAGCAGAAAGAAGAGGUGGAGAGGAGAGUGGCUUCCCGACUGCAGGACUUUUCUCUAGUUAAUACUCUGACAGCCAUAGACAAAGGCUUUAUGCCAUACUUCCAUGAGCCACAGGCCUCCAGGUCAACAGGCAAACCCCACAGAGGUGAAUCAGGCAAAGCCCAGACUUCAGGAAUGCUCCAGGCAUCAUCAGUGCUGAAGGAGUUAAGGCAUAGAAAGGCAAUACUAGAGUGGGAGAUGGAGCUGCUAAGACAAAGCAAGCGAGAGGAAAUGCAGUCAAAGGCUAACAGACUAGAUGGACUGGUGUUUAUUCUGCCUCUCAAGAGAUGACACACACACAUGCUACAAAAACGCUUCAGGUUCCUUAUAUAACUAAAAACUUUCCAUACACUACUCUUCAGGUGAAAGUUGAUUUUUGUUAUGAAACUAAAUAGCUCUGUACAAUAGUUAUGCACUCCCUGUACAAUAUCUAUGUUCCUUUUCAGUCCUUUUGAUCUCAAAUUAUCAUUCUUUCUUUAUGCAUUUAAUGCAGUUGGUUGCAUUAAAAAAGAAAAAACAGAAAUGACACAAAUAAUACAGAUAAGCAGAUCUGAUGCACCAAUGAA